UGAAAUUUCAAUCAGCUGUUUAAAUUGUUUGUUAUCAGUUCUGUUUUGUCAUAACAAAAACUCCCAUAUGUUUUGCGGCCGAUUUUAGCACGGUUUAGUUUCUUGUAAUUUUUUAUAGUUUUUGCGAGAUUAAAUUACGAUGAACGACGAUCGGACGUGUUCGAUUCGAAUUUGUCAGGAUGGUCACGCAAAUGCCCUUGCGUUGAACCGGGAGUGCACCCAGAUUGCUGUAGCUGGAAGAAGUCUUCUGAAGGUGUUCUCCAUCGAAAACGAUGGCUUUACGGAAGUUUGCAAUAUGCGUGGUGGAAAAAAUCAAAACCUCAGUUACUCUUCGAAUGAUGUAGCCUGGAGUGCACUAGAUUCGAAUAUUUUAGCUACAGCAGCUACUAACGGAGUGGUUUCAGUGUGGGACUUGUCUAAGUUUGGUCGCCAAAAACAGCUGCUAGUUUACAACGAACACGAAAGAACCGCUCACUCGGUCGCCUUUCAUGGAGCGGAGGCAAAUUUGUUGAUUUCUGGCUCACAGGACGGUACGAUCAAAUGUUUUGAUUUGAGAUCAGACAAAACGGCUAUCAACACCUACUUUAGUAACUCUGAAAGUGUGAGAGAUGUCAAGUUUAGCCCACAUGCUCCAAACACGUUUGCUGCUGUUUCGGAAAACGGGACGGUUCAGUUGUGGGAUAUACGGAAGAACGAUCGUUGCACGUCUCAGUUUACGGCGCACAGUGGUCCAAUUUAUACGUGUGACUGGCAUCCUCAACAGCAGUGGCUUGCUACCGGAAGCAGGGAUAAGCAGAUAAAGAUUUGGAACACCAAUCCAAAAAAUUCGUCACUAGAGAAUCCAAAGAAUGUUUCAUUGGAGUAUAGUAUACAUACAAUAGCUGUUGUUGGUCGUGUUCGCUGGCGUCCGGACAAAAUGUAUCAUAUAGCAAGUUGUGCCCUUGUCGUAGAUUACAGUAUCUACAUAUGGGACGUUCGAAGACCGUUUAUUCCUUACGCUUCUUUCAAUGAACACUCAAACGUCACCACGGGAAUCGCUUUCAAAGGGAACGAUUCCCAUAUUCUGCUGUCUACCAGCAAAGAUUCUACUAUUUAUAAGCACGUAUUUAAAGACGCAGCCCGACCAGCCUUAAAAGCAAAUCCACAAGGAGCCAGUUUUAAUUUCAAAGGUGAUCUUCUCUAUGCCUACAAAAUGAAACUUGUAGGUCCUCCAACGCCUCCGCCAGUACAAAAAACGAGUAUAUUGGGAAGUAGGCAGAAAACACCCCCCUCUACAGACCAAUUUCAUCUGGCAAAGUCGAGUUUAUACCAUUUUUUAACAAAGUCGCCUGCUGCCAACUCUAAGGAUUUAACCAAAACGUCGUUAUUGAAGGAUUAUCAUGCUUUAAAAGGCUGUGCCAGAGAAUAUAUACUGACGGGGGCCUCUCUAGCAGAAAUAUGCGCUCACAAUUCUUCCAUUGCGAAAAAAUAUGGAAAGACAAAUGUUAGUUUUCUUUGGAACUUUAUCAGUCAGCUCUACGCGUAUAGUUCAAUUGCUAAUCUUAAAUUGGAACAGCGCAAUUCCAACGCCAGUCAGAGCCAUUCGAAUCGUUUAAUGGCUCAAAACUCCAAUCAAUCCAGCACUGGCAGGACAGAUGAUAAAGCUGGGAGCAAUCCAAAUCUCGGCAAUGUCAUUCAGGCAGUUAGUACUAAUGACGAUUUCCUGGAUUUUCUAAACCCGAAAAGCGAUACAGUCACCAAUCUUACCAGCAAAGGACAACUGCUCUCAGUUGAUAUUGAGCCAAACAGUUGUGAUUUUGUGUUUGGUGAAACAGAAUUAACGUUCGACAAUGUAAACUGCAUCAAAGGAUUUCGCGACGGAUUCCUUUACACAGGACCCCAUGAUUUAAUCAAAGAUUACACCUUUCCAUCGUCAAAUCUAAUGAAUGCCCACGAAUUACAUCAUGCACGUCCUAGGAAGGAACCUCGCUCCGAUAAUGCUUCCGAGCAUUCACCUCCACCAAAUCCUCCAUCGUUUUUGAAAAUAUCGGAAAGCAAUCCGAUUCAACCUCCACUGUGGGAACCUCAUCAAGUUCUUGCCGAUUGCUUGACUCUGCAGACGGAAAUCGGAGACGUUCAAACUUCGACCUGCAUAUUAAUCGCUCUUGGUGACCGCCGCCACAGUCUGCAGAUUGAUGAAAUCAUUCACGAAAAUUGGCUGCUCUCUUACAUCGAACUGCUUCAUCGCCACCAGUUGUGGAACGAAGCUACGCAAAUCAUUAAUCUUAGCUGGAUUCGAUCGGUGUCGGACAUGAACCAGCAGUCGACCACGAUGCACACAAACUGCGGGGACUGUGGCCGACCUUUGCUGAACGCGGCUGGAUGGUACUGCUCAAAGUGUCGAUCGGCACAAAGUUCGAAGUGCAGUGUUUGCAACGGUGUCGUGCGAGGCCUGUACGCUUGGUGUCAGGGUUGCUCUCAUGGUGGGCAUCUGAAGCACCUCAAGAGUUGGUUUGCGAACAACCCCAAAUGUCCCAAAUGUGGCCAUUUGUGCGAGUACGAGUAAGGUGAGAGAUUUUUUUUUAUCUAUACAACGAAAUUGUAAUAUACUGUCAAUUGC